UUGAAAGCUUUGGAAGAUGAUGAACUGCCCAAUGCUGUUCUUAUGUCAUUACCUUUCAUGGUAAUAUUUGCUUUUUGCUUUCUCAUAACGAUUUUGGUUUUUCUCAUUCUAUGUUUCUUUUUGUCUUAUCUUUUUUUUUUUGGGUUAGACCCGUGCUAUAAAAAAGAAAAACGAGGAAGCUAAUGAAGAAGAUAAACGUGCACUUGAGGAGUAUGAAGAGUGGGAAAAUUCUGAUGGAGAAAACUCUAAAAAAACCCGUUAAUGUUAGUGGUAGAAGAGUGUUUGGUGCAACCGCUAAAGUGGAAGCUCCAAAAGAGUCUAGAAAGGAUUCAGAUAACUUUUAUGACGACAGUGAUAGUGACAAUGAUAUGGCUGGCAUAGAAGAUAAUAACAUAGAGCCUGUAAGAGAUAAUGCCUCACCUGCUACAAACACCAUUACAGAAACUGAGAAGUUUGAUGAUGAUGUUGCUGGAAAUCCAGCAUAUAAGACAACAUUCGAUGUUGCCAUGUUUGCAUCAGGCUCCUGGAAGAAGAUGACAGGCUCCAAAAACACAGAAUCCAAAAAGGCAUCAAAGAAGACGCGUGCAUCCAUCCCACAGGCUCAAGAUAAAAAGGUUUUUCUUUCUGCAAGUCUCAUUUGAACUAUACUGUUUUUUCAUCAUCUUCUCUUUCCAACCAGUAGUAGCUUUUGGCUGUUUUAGUUCCUCACCUUUGUGUACUUCUGUCUAAAAUCUUGAAAACUGAUCGAGAGAUGAAGAAAGUGAGGAUUCCGAGAGUGAAGCAGAGCAAAUGGUGGACAGAGUUUUGACAUCUGCCUCAAAGGAAACCUUUGUGGUUCCUUCUCAAGCAGAGCUUAUAAACCGUGCUUUUUCUGGUGAUGAUGUGUUGGAUGAAUUUGAGAAGGAUAAGGAUGAGUUUCUAAAUCAGGAAGUGCCUAUCUACACAUACAUAAGGUACCUUUGCCUAUCUACACAUAAUUUAAGAUCUGUAGUCAAGAAGACCAACUCAAUUUGCGCUAAGAUGUGUAGUAAUAUCAAUUUUAAAGCACUAUUUUGGUUUGAUUUUAUUUUUAAUUAAGUAUUUAUUAGUAUGCCGAGUGUCCUUUCGAUGUUUGUAUUGGCAAGGAACAAAGUUCUUACAUGAACAAUGUUAAAGGUUUAUCAAAAAAAAAUUAUAGACAAAAUUCAGAAAAACAGAAGAGAAGAGAGAUUUGUUCGCGAUUUUGUUUUUGCACAUUUCAUCAAAGCCAGAGCAAUAAUAGUAAUAAAAAAAAUUAGCAAAAAGAAAAGAAAUUUACAGAUUUUUUUUCGUCACUAAGCUCAAGCUUUAAAAAAUUAGAAAGAAAAAAAUGAUGGACCUCCAGAAAUCAUUGACAAAAUCAUUUUAAUAAGUUUCAAAACAGAAUCUCUGCAGUUUUGAUGUGAAUAAUUGUUUGCUAGAUGACAUUUUAUUUGAUUGUUUUGGGAUGGAAUAUAAAGUUAAUAUGUUGUUUUGUUCCAUUUAGUUAUGUAUAUAUGCUUUUCGAUGUUAUUGUUGUUAAUAUGUGAAAACUGAGGAUGAGAUGUUUGAUUAGAGAGGAAUUAUAUAUGAUUUCAUUCAAUACAGUCAACACGAAAAAGUUUAAAAAGUUUAGUUACUUCUUUUAGUUUUAUUCUUCGAAGAGAAAAACAAUUUUCAGAAAAAAAUAUGUGUAUGCAGUUUGGUUCAUCUUAAUUUCCAGAUUACAUUUAAAUUAUUUGAUAUGGUAAGGUAUGAAACUCAA